AUGGCAACUGCCCCCUUGCCGCGCUGUGACAAGUGUGACAAGGAGUUCGAGAAGCUGCUGCAAUGUGGGAAGUGCAAAAAAGCUUUCUACUGUUCUCGAGAGUGUCAGACCGACGCCUGGAAGCGUCACAAGAACAUCUGCCGCAAGCCAGAUGAGGAAGCAGCAGAGGCGACUUUGCAAGCCUGGCGUGUGUCUCAAUCCGUCAAACCGGAGCCGAAGCCGAAGGCUACUGAAAGCUCGAGCCGACUGACCGUGCGCGCAGAAGACAUGCAGGACGACGCCGCGUCGGAGUUUCAGCAAUUAAGAAAGGAGCUUCUCAAGGAUACUAAGGAGGCAAAUGCGAGAAUGAUGUCCGCGAUGCAAGCUUCCGGUGCUGAUCCCAUGUCCUUCCUUCCCGAGGUGAGGAAGCUGAAGGAGGAGUACCAACAGCUUCUUCUCGAUCGUCUGCGAUCUUGCACCUCGUACAAGUCAGCCGAGGACAGCUUUGCUGCUGCCACCAGGCUGGGGGAGGAGUUGAUGAAAGAAGUCAUCAUGGCUUUGUUGCAGAGAGGGAUGUCAACCUCCGCGAGCGUCGACCAGCUAGACCUGGCCAACAACCAUUUCCGAGCAGGAAUUCUGCAACAGAAUCCUCCGGAAGCCUUUGCUCUCCAAGAGGGCGAUCUUGACGGCUUUGAGCCUGCGGUCUUGCGUGUGGCUGAGAAGGGCUUCGUGACGGUGGAGGGCCUUCUGGACGAGGAUCUCGCUCGGACCAUAUCCGAGGAAUGUGAGAGCAUUUUCUGGAAGGGCCGGAAUGACGGUUCAAUGAGCAUUGCCCAGGCUCCGGCGGAAGGUGUCUUCGAGUGUUGGAUACCUUAUCCGUCCCGGAGAUGGAUGUCGGCAGAAUUUCAGCAUGCUUUGCGGAUUCUUUUCGGACUCCCGCACGAGUUUUGUCGGCACAACUACGGGGCGAAGCUCAAAGUACCAACCAUGGCCCACCUUGCGGGCGUACCAGCAGGAGCCAAAGAGGCCAUCCACCUCGAUUUCGCUGGCGCUGGCAGCUCUGGGCGAGAAUUAACCUUCUCUUUGUUCUUGACACACCAGUGGACCGUGGAGGACGGUGGGGCCUUGAGAGCCUAUGUUGACGGAGAUGACAAAGUUCUCUCCUGCCCAGCUGGCAACGAAGAGGUGCUCUCUUCACACAUGUCAAGGCCAGAUGCUGAGCGAGAAGGAUCUUCAGACAGAGGCAACACGAUUUUCAAGGAUGUCUUUCCAGAAGUCGGCCGCUGCCUCGUCUUCCAAUCCAAACGUCUCUGGCACGAGAUCCGACCUCCCAACAAGACACUCUGGGUUCUAACACUGUUCGCAUAUGCCGAAUAG